UCUAACUGUUCAUGAUCUCUUCCUUUUUUUUUUCUUUUUCUUUUUGUAAGAACAAUUCAUGAUCCAAUUUACUAGUUCUUCAUAACCCCACCUCCUCUAAAACAACUGGCAGUCCUUUUAUCAGGAACUUUCACUGCCAUCAAACGUAUAUUCUGUCCUGCACUUAACAUGAUAGAAGCAAUAUAAGAACUUUCUUCUUCUUUUUUGCUUCCUUACUCUUUUAUCCAUCAAAGCUUUUCGGCUAUAUAAAUUGCUGCAAACAGUCCAAACCUUCCUGUUUGCAGCCUCAGACCUGUUAUAUCUACAGCAAAAGCAUCUAGAUAUGGUUAUCACAUUUUUCAAGCUCUUCCUUUAAUGUGCCAGUGCCAGAAAAAUCAGGAAAAACCAUACUACUAUAUUUCCAAGCCCCAGAAUAUCAGGACAAACCAUACAAGAUAACACUUCCACCCAACAUCUUCUGAACCAAGUUCAUAUUAUCAAAUGGGCUCCCUCUUCUCUCUCACAUUGAUAAUUCUGUCAUGGGCAUCAUCAACGUCAAUAAAGGCUGAAGCGCAAGGAAUUGGUUCAGAUCAUCUUCUCGAUCUAUACAUUCGAGACUAUACGUUUAAGGCCCACGACCAACACUUGAUCAAGACUGGAAUAUUGCACACUGUACUUUUACCAGCAAACUUCUCCGGCAUCAGGGUCGACAUGUUGAGACUCAGGUGUGGCAGUCUACGAAGAUAUGGUGCACAGAUUAGGGAAUUUCAUCUAGAUGUUGGAGUGACUGUGCAUCCAUGUGUGGAGAGAGUCAUGGUGGUUACACAAAAUUUGGGGUAUAAUUGGUCUUCCAUAUUCUAUGCUAACUAUGACAUAUCUGGGUACCAACUUGUUUCCCCUAUUUUAGGUCUUCUAGCAUAUAAUGCUGGAUCCAACAUGAAUUUUAGCAACCCUUAUGAGCUUGGAAUUCUUGCAGAAGAAAAGCCCAUCACAGUAGAUUUCAGCAAUACUACGAAGUUAACCAACAUGCAGGGAAAUAGACCAUAUUGUGCUAGUUUUGAAAGUGAUGGCAAAGUCACACUAGCAAAUCAGGCAUCACCAUAUGUUUGUGUAGCAAAGAGGCAUGGCCAUUUUGGACUGGUCAUUGAGAUGGCGCCGGAGCAGUUGAGCAAAAAGAUUAGCCGGUGGAAAUUGGUGGUCGGAAGUUCAGUAGGAGCUGCAUUGGGUGCAUUUCUUUUGGGUUUGCUUCUGGUGGCAUUGCUUGUUAAGGUGAAGAAGAAAUCAAGAAUGGAAGAGAUGGAGAGAAGGGCCUAUGAAGAAGAAGCUUUGCAAGUUUCGAUGGUAGGACAUGUCAGAGCUCCUACUGCAGCUGUUACUCGAACGUUGCCUAUAAUUGAGCAUGAGUAUGUACCUUCUCCUCAAGAAAUUGCUCAUUUUUGUUUGUGAUUAUUCUUUUUGUAACAUCUGCUGAUGAACAAAAAUGUACGUUUUAUUAGAUAAAAAGAAAUUUAACCAUAUGCUUGUAGAUUCCUCAUAUUGAAAGAGGAACAAAUCUUAUUCU